AUAUAAUAUAUAUUUUUUAAAUUAGUAAAACCCUUAGUGCAUUAAGACGUUCACUGUCUGCAGUGUCUGCCGUCCCGCAUAUGAGUCAAGGCAACUCUUAUUACAAUUGGCCCUAAAUUUUACAGUCCAGAGGUCUACUACUAUUCGAAUAGUCGCCUGUCCAUCAUAGUCAACAGGUGAUUGCUACGCGCACGAAACAUUCUGCACGUGAUGACACUUACUCGAUAAUCGGGCCCCCUUUACGACCCGGGCUCCAGCGCAUAAGCGUCCGGGCCAAAGGAGACGAACCACGUCUCCUUCAAACGGGAUAUUAUGAAACGUUUGUUAUUGUUGUAUUUCGUGUUCGUUGUUAUUGCAAAUGCACAUUGCAGAGGUGGUGGAAGAGGCGGGGGUGGUCGAGGUGGCGGUCGCGGAGGAGGCGGUAUAUUCGGCAGCAUUUGGGGGAAAAGUUCUUCCCGACACACUUAUCCCGGGUCUAAUGGAUAUUCUGGUUUUGGACCCGGAGGCUCGCAUGGCUACCCUUCUUCCAACGGCCUCUCCGGACUCAUCAAACAACCCGGUUUCAGAUACGGACAAAGAUUCGGAUCGUACAGGUUUUCUGUACCGAGACUACCGAGAGUGCCCUCCUAUUACACGGUCCCACAGUACGUAUACGUGAACCAAUACCGACAGUCGAGUAGCCGAUUUAACAAUCUCCUUAUUGGCUUAACAAUGUAUAAUAUGGGGCGCUCACACGUGGGUUACCAUCACUACUAUCACGACAGCUACUACAGACGCAACAAUUCGGCUUCAAAAAACGCGGACCAUGCUGUCACUUCAACUUCAGCUGAAGAAAAGGCUAAUGAAGAUAAAGAUGAUGCAACCUGUCUUAUGAGAGUUAGAGAGGACGAAAAAGAAGAAGUGUUAAAGAUUCCCUGUGCUAUAGUGACGACAUUUGCUGACGGUACGCGGAAAUUACCUUAUGCUAGUGAUACGACAACCGUCGUGUGUGUUAAUUCAUCAGUGGCUAAUUUAACAUCAGAAGAGCAUGUGGAUACCGAUGACAAUGUGAACACGACUGAAGCGAACACAGUUGCGCCAAACAAAAUGAUUUGUAAAUCUACUAUAAAAUCUGUUGAUCCUUUGUCAGUGACUGGUUCGCCGUUGAACGCAACUAGUAUGAAUUGUACGGUGGAGAUCUGGACUCGCGAAGAAGUGAUUAGCAAUGAAGUCGACUGUGAAAUUCUGUUGAAGUAUGCGAAGAUGCCGGUGCCUCAGAAUAAGGAUGCCAUUAUUAUGCCCCCGCGAUCAGAACUGAAGGAAAUGUUGGAACAUCCGCCGUGGUGGUCGGCUCUUUUUUUCGCUAUUUGAUUCAGUUGGAUUUUCGAGUCUACUAGUGACGUCACCUUCAUUAUUUAAAUAUUUACGGUGUAUGGAGAUAUAAUUUGUUAAAUUUUGUAAGUCACUGUAGUUUCAAUCUUACAUGAUAUUGUCAAGUAUAUUGGAAUAAUAAGUAAUAACCGUUUUGUUUAGCAAUGAACUAUUUGGUUUGAUAUGCAGGG